GGGGCCUUCUCCAUUGAUUCUCUAUAGAGCGCGUCGAUCAAUGAUCACGUCCUUGGCCGUAAGCCGAGACGCUAGCGAAGGCCGCGACCACGAGUAUCGACGAUUGAGUCCCCCGGCGGUGGGCUCGUGCCGUUUACCGCUUCGGGGACUUCUGGGUUCACACCAUCUUCAACAUACGGAAGCUCCCAAGUCGAGAACACCCGCUGCUCUUGCACUUCCUCGCCGUUCACCCUCGACUACAGCGCCCUCCAGAGCCCUGCCUCCACCCCCUCGUGGCGCGCGGAAGGCGGUUGUUGCCCGGUGCCGUGAGCGCUGCGCCGGCGAUUACGCGCGCAAAGGCAGACUCUAUACCCCACGAGCGCGACAGCCGCCUUCGGCCGCACUACGGUCGCCCCCGGGGUCCUGACAAGCAAAAUGACAGCGCACGGCGUGCGCACAUAUCGGGGAAGCGCAUCUGCUGGCCAAAAUUGUCCUGGGAUAUAAAGCCAGCGCUCGGGUCGGCG